AUGCUGAGAAGACCCCGGGCUACUGGAACAAAGGGGCCAGGAGGAGACUGGAGUUGGCCCUGGCGUUGCAGCCGGUGGCACAGCGGGCAAAAAACAUCAUCCUCUUCAUGGGUGACGGCAUGGGGCUGCCCACCAUGUCGGCAGCUCGGAUCUACAAGGGGCAGCUGGCCGGCGGCUCGGGCGAGGAGAGCAUCUUGGCCAUGGAGACCUUUCCCCACAUGGCCCUGGCCAAGACGUACACCAUCGACCGGCAGGUGCCUGACAGCGCUGGCACGGGCACAGCCUACCUCUGUGGGGUGAAGACCAACGCCAAGACGCUGGGGCUGAGCGGGGCAGCCGUCUACGGCAAAUGCCGCACCACCUUUGGCAAUGAGGUGGACUCCAUCCUGCACCGGGCCAGGCUGGCAGGCAAGUCGGUGGGCAUCGUGACGACCACGCGGGUGCAGCAUGCAUCUCCUGGGGCAGCCUAUGCCCACUCGGCCAGCCGGAGCUGGUACGCCGAUGCCAACAUGCCCAAGGAGGCAUUGCAGGAUGGCUGCCAGGACAUCGCCUACCAGCUGGUGAUCCUGGGUGGCGGGCGGAUGUACAUGACCCCCAAGCGGACCCCAGACCCCGAGUACCCGGAGGACCCGGCUCAGCACGGCACCAGGAAGGACGGCCUUGACUUGAUUGACGAAUGGCUGAGAGCCAAGCAGGGUGCCCGCUACGUCUGGGACAAGAAGGGUCUGGAUGCGGUCGAGGAUGACUCCGUGACUCACCUGAUGG